CCUCUACUGUAGCUUUGGGGGCAGACUUCUUUACCAAACGUGUAGUCAUGCGUAACCAGAUAAGUUCAAGUUGCUGAAGCAGUCUACGCUUUCACGCUUAUUUUUUCAAAAGGUUGUUCUAGCAAGCAAUAUAGUAAGUCGACAUCACACAUCCAUAGUUCUAACAGGAGAGAAGAAGUAAGGAAAAUGUUGCAAAAGGAAGUGAACAAAGAGAUGCUGAUUUGGGGGUUCUUGAUUAUUGUGUUCACCUUUGAAGCUGUGGACAGUUUACCCCAGGAGAAGGUGCACUCUGAUGGGAGACGGGUUUGCACGUACCAAGGCGAUAGAAUCGAACUAAUACCAACGAGGCAAUCCUACCGACGGCCAUUUUACGGCCCAAAGCUGUGUUCGAAUAACGAUACUUGUGAAAACUCCACAAGGGUCUACAUGAGGAUAGCCUAUAGAACAGUGUUCCGCAAACGAGUGAUUCCGGGGGAGUACAAGCGAUGCUGUCCGGGAUGGACCAAAGAGAACCCACGAGAUUUGGCUUGUUUGGCGCCAAUUUGUCGACACGGGUGCCAAAAUGGCGGAAUUUGUGUUGGACCAAACCAAUGUGAAUGUCCACCGUAUUACACCGGACAUCAAUGCGAGAAAGACGUAGAUGAGUGUUUGACAGGACGAAGCAGUUGUCAACAAAUUUGCAAAAACACGAUCGGUGGAUUUGAAUGUGGAUGUUUCCAUGGGUUCAAAUCAGUUGAUAGCUAUAAAUGCGAAUUUUGCCCAUUGUGUUUGCCUCAGUUGGAAACGAUGAUGAACCAAGUCAACACUUUGCAAGGUCGAAUAAACAUGGUAGAGAAAGAAAAAGAGGAGAUGCGGGGUAAUUUCUCAGUGUUAGAGAGGUACUACAAUGAUGCCAUGGUGCAAGUGGAGGAACUGAAAUCCUACACAACACCGCCACCAACGACCACAACUGAAGACCCAUACGAAUUUGACAUAAUUUCUUCCCUCAGUGAUCAGAUUUCUCACUUAGAAGAAAAAAUUGGGUCAUGUGACUGCGGUUCUAGAGGUAGAAACUCAAGAAGGCCAAGAUACAGAAAUGGAAGAUGAAUAAAACAGAGGAGUUCCAUAAAUAUAUUCUAGUCUAUGAUGGUCAAUUAUAUAAUUAUUUCUUAAUUCAAAACGUAACAAUAUAAAAACCAAGAAAUGAAAUUUAAUUUCAUUCCAUGCAAUCCCUCAUAUUGGCAUAUCUUAAGAUCAAAAUUGGAUGCAUGAUUUGCCUAUUUUGAUUUUUAAAAAUUGUACGUAUCAAAUACAUAGACAACUAUAACUAAACAAGUUUGAUACCCAAAUUUAUUACAUGAUUUGUUUUGAAACAUCACAAAUUCAUUAAAUAAAGUUCAACAAAUUUUAGAAAUGAUUUCUUACCCAUGCCAUCAAUAGCGUAUGUAUGUAUGUGUGUUUUGUGUAUGAGUUUAUGCACUAGGAUGAACCAGCAACCACAUGUAAAUGUUACAUUAUAUAGCACAACAUACACAGUGAGGUAUACAUCUGAGAUGUCCAUAUUUACAACACAAAAUCUAACAAUUUGGUAGGGAAUGUAAACGAUUUAAACAUCACAAAGAGAUAGAAAAGUACAAAAGCUACAAAGUACAUGUCUAGCACAAGAAUUUAUAAAUUGUUAUAAGUGCUGUAAAGCUUAUUAUACAAACAACUUGUGUAUAUUUUGAUACUAAAAUUGUCAAAAAUGUCAUGAAAUAUCUUUUAAGUUUACAUGUAUAUACUGUAAUAUACUUGAAUCAAUGAAUAUUUUGUCAAAAAAUGAAAUUUGCCUGUAAUAAGACAAAACAAAACAGAAUCAAAGUAGCUAUUGUUUCUUGUUCAAAUGUAAAUUUGUUCAUUGUUUGAAAACUGUCAGAGCUAAAACUUGGUAGCUCUAAUUAUAAAUAAGUAGAUGCACUUCAGUAUAAGCUUCAAGCCUACUUCUUAUUACGCAUAACAGAUGCUGACAUUUUAAAUUCCAAUUAAAUCAUGGCAGGCUGUUGAUACAAACGGAUAUUUUAACCAUUAAAUGCUCUUUAGAAGAACUAUUUCAUAUUCAUAAAUUGAACACAAAAUAAUUUUGACAUCAACAUAUUAUUUAUCUGUAAAAGUGUAUUAACUUGCACUUCUUUGAUUUAUUUCUUAAUAUAAUAAUGCAUUUUAUUUUAUCUAUUUAUUUCAUAUAUUGAGUCAUAUGUUACCUAAGUUACAUUGUAUAUAUAUGGUAAUUUUCAUUUAAUAAAUAAAAAUUAUCAUUUAUAAUUUUUGUGUUUUUCCCUUAGUUAAAUUCUCUAUUUCAGAAUCUUACUUCUCAUCAUGAAAAAUCCAAUAUAAUAAACUUCAUUUACAAUCAUGUGAAAAAUAUACAUA